CAUCCAUCACAGUAAAGAGGUUUCAGAGGUACUAUAAACAUCAACACUAGCUGUAUUUAGUUUUGUUCGACGUAAUAAAUUGGGAUUUUUAGAACUAACUAGAUUACUUCAUUUAGGUAACAGAGUGUUGGUCCGAAAAUGGGCAGGAGCAGGAGUCGAACUCCCCCCAGACGAGAGAGAAGACGCUCUCGCUCCACUUCACGGGAUCGUGACAGAAGGCGAAGGGAGAGAGAUCGCUCCCGUUCUCGAGAUCGGGACAGAGACAGGCGGAGAAGUCGCUCACGAUCUCCUCACAGGAGGCGCUCAAGGUCUCCUGUUCGACGCCAUCGCUCUUCCUCACUCUCUCCUGUGAGACAAAAAGACCGGCGUGAUGAUGACCGUAAAGAUGGGAAGGAAAAAACAGUGAAGCCCAUCCAGAUCUCAGCUGAGGACAUGCAAGGCAAAACAGAGGAGGAAAUUGAGAUGAUGAAACUGAUGGGAUUUGGAUCCUUUGAGUCCAGUAAGGGGAAGAAAACAGAUGGAUCAGUAAAUGCAUAUGCCGUCAAUGUCAGCAUGAAGAGAAAAUACAGGCAAUACAUGAACAGAAAAGGUGGAUUCAACAGACCUCUGGACUUCAUAGCGUGAAAGUAUCAACAACUUACUGUGAUUCCUGUGAAACUUUGUCUGUUCUCCUUCACAUUAGUGGAUGUUGUUAUUUUAUGCUUCUUUUUUUUCCCCCUCAUUUUGUGCGUUCCAGCUGUUUUUUGCAGAACUUUUCUUGAGUAAACUUGAAGCUAUAAAUUCAAUGUUUGCAGUCAAGUGCAGUGUAUUACUGAUAGAAGACCCCAUAUGUACACAUUGCAUGGAGCUUUAUGUAAUUGCAGUGUAAGGUGUUUGAUUUUAAAUAAAAGUAUUUGUUGAAAUCCUUACUA